AAUGUACAGAGAUUGAUUGAAUUGCUAUUUUACUUUGUAAAGAUUUUUAUUAGCAAUGGAAUCAAGAAUGGAUCAUUAUGAGUUAAUGGAACAAAUUGGUCGUGGAGCAUUUGGUGCAGCAAUUUUAGUGCAUCACAAGCAAGAGAGAAAGAAGUAUGUGUUAAAGAAGAUUCGUUUGGCUAGACAAACAGAGAGAUGUAGGAGAUCUGCUCAUCAAGAGAUGGCAUUAAUUGCACGGAUUCAACACCCAUUUAUCGUUGAAUUCAAGGAAGCAUGGGUAGAGAAGGGUUGCUAUGUUUGCAUUGUUACUGGCUAUUGCGAAGGUGGCGAUAUGGCUGAAUUGAUGAAGAAAGCAAAUGGACAAUAUUUUCCAGAAGAGAAACUUCUGAAAUGGUUCACUCAACUACUAUUGGCAGUAGAAUAUCUGCAUUCAAAUUAUGUGCUGCACCGUGACCUUAAAUGCUCAAACAUCUUUCUCACCAAGGAACAAGAUGUUCGCCUUGGGGAUUUUGGGCUUGCAAAAACAUUGAAGGCAGAUGAUUUGGCUUCUUCAGUAGUUGGAACUCCCAAUUACAUGUGCCCUGAACUUCUUGCGGACAUUCCUUAUGGUUUUAAAUCAGAUAUUUGGUCCCUAGGCUGCUGUAUGUAUGAAAUGGCUGCUUAUCGACCUGCAUUUAAAGCAUUUGACAUGGCGGGAUUGAUAAGCAAGAUUAACAGAUCGUCCAUUGGUCCUCUGCCAUCUUGUUAUUCUCCGCACUUGAAAACACUUAUUAAAGGCAUGCUAAGAAAGAAUCCUGAGCAUCGUCCCAGUGCUACCGAGCUCCUGAAGCACCCGUAUUUGAAGCCGUAUCUUGAGCAAUACCGACCAUCCUUUAUUACUCAUGUAGCAAGCUAUCCUGAAAAACCUCUCACUUCUGGCCGUGACUCUCGGAAGAAUAUGGCAGAAAGCCAAAGUAGUACAAGUUCUUGUAGUGAUAAAGAAAGUUUGAAGUCAAAGGAGAAAAACAUCCAAAGCAAGGCUUCCAAUAAUGAUUAUAGAGGCACUGAUGUAGAUGUUGCAUUUGUUGAUGAUGAUAUUGACUUUAGGCGACUUCAUUCCUAUGACGAAAAUCACGGAGAUGAUACUUUUCCUGAAGAUACAGAUGAUUAUGAAUCUAAGAACAUUAUUGAUGACGAGAGGAUAUGUGAUGCAGAAGCUAAACAACCUAGAGCAAUAAAAAAUAUUGUGUCGGCUGUGAAAGAAGGAAAAAUGAGAGAGCAUAGUUCCCCAAUGAGGGGCAACCGAGCGAAGGUUGGUGGUUCAGGUGCACAGAAAGCUAACACUGAAGCAUCACCAAAGAUUCCAAAACCGAGCUCAGUUACUCCUUCUAAACGCAAUGCAGAGUCGCCAUCUCCUGGAUCAACAAAGGCCGGAUCUGAUUCCAUGAAAAGGAAUCACGGAAUGCAUGCUUUAAAGCAUCAGUUGCCUGUCAUCGAGUCCAUUCCUAAGACUAAACCUAGAUAUGAAGGUAUCUCCUCGUCUGGUCCUUUAAAGCAUGUUGCUGAAGAUGUAUUUCCUCCAAGGCCAAGAUUGCGAACACCUCCUAACUUGAUUAGACGAUCAUCAUUCCCCAGAAGGAUAAAGCAAGUGGGACAUGAUACCUCAAAUACUCCUAACAAUAAUGUUAAGCCUGGUCCCAGUGACAAUUCUCCAUGUCCUGAAAGGGUUGCCGAGCCAAAGAAUUGUGUGCAACAUUCUCGAAAAGUUUCAAUAGAAACGCAAGAAGAAAGUAGCAUUUCUGCUUCUUCUUCUGUAUCAAUUCAAGGAUUUGAACUUUGUGAUGACGCAACAACUCCUUUUAUGAAUUUGACGGAGCAGAUUCUCCAAGGUCAUGAAAGAGCUACUGAAACUGAAACCACGAGAUCAAGGCCGUCCUGGUCAACCACUAACUCGUCUCUUUCCGAGAUUGCUUUUAGUUUAGGGGAAACCUGUGAUAAUAAGAAUUCUGAACCAUGCUACAUCAAAAAGUAUGACGAGCAUCAUCACAUUGUGGAUGUUGGUGCUUGCAAUCAGAAAUCAAAUUCAACUGUGGCCACUGACAGUGCCCUCCCUUGCUCCAAAGAAAUGGCCAUCUUUGAAGAUCAUUCUACAGCUCGUAGGCUUGAUGUUAUGACUGAUCUUUUGCCUCGAUCAAACCCGACUUCAGCAUCCUCUGGGGACGAUAAGUUUAUGGUGAAGUUAUCAUCCUCAACAACAGAAAUUGUCUCUCCCACUGCUCCUCCCGUUUCAUUUAGCCAAACUAGUCUGCCACAACUCUCUGACAGCACUUCAAAAUCCGAUGACGAUGACAAGUUUAUUACAAAGGAACUAUUGUGCUCUCCCACUGAAAGUACUACUCCUUCUCCACCUGCUCCAAAAAAUACGGUUCUUGAAAAAACAGAUGCUUCUCAGCUUACACCAGCUUCUGAUGACGUCAUACAUCUCAUACAACAUAGUAGUUUCCGAGUGGAUAGUGAGCAGCCAGUGAUGGACACCGUGGAGAGAAAUGUCGACGUUGGGAAACAGAUAAAUGUGGUAAGAGAUGAAGUUGAUAAUGAGUGUCUAGGUACUCUUGGGGCUCCAAACGCUUCUACUUCUGCUGGAUCAGCGAUUCUUAAAUCCAAUAUCCCUGAUGGUGUCCAUAAUAAGGAGAUUGAUGUGAGAAACCACAGCAGUCCACAAAAAUUGGAUUCUCCAGAACCGGCUGCAGAGGAGGAAAGGCCGGUAAAGGAAAUGUUAGAUGUCAAGUCGUUUAGACAGAGGGCGGAUGCACUUGAAGGUCUACUAGAAUUAUCUGCUGACUUACUGGAGCAAGAUAGAUUAGAAGAGCUUGCUGUUGUUCUAAAACCUUUUGGCAAGAACAAGGUGUCGCCGAGGGAGACAGCUAUCUGGUUGGCCAAGAGCAUGAAAGGAAUGAUGCUUGAAGAUUCUCCGCGAAAUUCAUGAUCCAUUAUGCAGAUUGGUAUUUGCAAGUACUUGUUUAUAGUGUUGCUCGCUUGUUUAUCUUUUUCGUUUUAUUUUUGGUCAUUCAAUUUCCUAUUGAAUUUGCCCAGAGAAGCAGUUAAAAAAGGUGCUUAACUUUCUUUUUGUCAUUUGUAUUUAUGUAAUUCAUUCACUUUAGUAAUUGUAAAUAGAUAGAUAGAAGCUUGAAUAAAUCUAUGAUUUGUAAAAUGUAAGGAUGUUUUGGAACACUGUUUUUCAUCAGACAUUUUCAUGUCA